AAACCUAUAGUGCAGGGGGAGGACAGCUUGUAGAGGUAUAUUCUAUAUUCAAGUGGAAUUGUCUACAUUAAGGUCUGAAUUGAGGCAGAAUCAAAAAAGAUGUUGUCCAACGUAUCUACAGGAGAAGUGAAAUGUGCCAGGUCCGGAAUGCACAAUUACAUUUUCAUCACCAUUCCUAUUAUUUAUAGUACAAUAUUUGUUGUAGGAGUAUUUGGCAACAGCCUAGUGGUAAUUGUAAUUUAUUCCUACAUGAAGAUGAAGACAGUGGCCAGCAUAUUUUUAAUGAAUUUAGCUCUGUCUGAUUUAUGUUUUGUUAUCACUUUACCCUUAUGGGCAGCUUACACAGCAAUGCACUAUCACUGGCCAUUUGGUGACUUCUUGUGCAAGUUGGCAUCAACUGCAAUAACCUUAAAUCUAUAUACCACCGUCUUCUUGCUUACAUGCCUCAGCAUUGACCGCUACACUGCCAUUGUCCAUCCAAUGAAGUCUCGUAUUCGGCGUACUGUAAUGGUUGCCAGGCUGACAUGUGUUGGUAUAUGGGUUGUAGCCUUUUUGGCAAGCCUGCCUAGCAUAAUAUAUCGUCAAAUAUAUAUUUUUCCUGGUACAAAUCAAACAGUGUGCGCCCUGGUAUAUCAGUCCGGACAAAUAUAUUUCACAAUCGGCAUGAGUUUAGUCAAGAACAUUGUUGGCUUUUUUAUCCCUUUUUUGAUCAUUUUGACAAGCUACACAUUAAUUGGGAAGACUCUGAAAGAAGUCUGCAGAGCUCAAAGGGCCAGGAAUGAUGAUAUUUUUAAGAUGAUUGUAGCAGUUGUUCUACUGUUCUUUUUCUGUUGGAUUCCUCACCAGGUGUUUACUUUUCUGGAUGUUUUAAUUCAGAUGGAUGUCAUACAAAACUGCAAAAUAUACGAUAUUGUGGACACAGGCAUGCCCAUUACAAUAUGCAUCGCUUACUUUAACAGCUGUUUAAACCCCUUUCUGUAUGGAUUUUUUGGAAAGAACUUCCGGAAACAUUUUCUGCAACUCAUCAAAUACUUACCGCCAAAAAUGAGGUCCCACGCAAGUGUUAGCACCAAAAUGAGUACAGCUUCACAACGCCUGUCAGACACCAAGUAUGCGUCCAAUAAAAUUAGCUUGCAGAUGACUGACAAAGAGGAACAUUGCAAAUAGUUUAGUAGGUAUUGUAUUCCUGACCAAAAAUAUAAAUACUUAAAGUGGAGAAAUUCCACAUUAUUACAUAUGACCUUUUGGAACUGGCAGCAUUUACAUUACUAGAGCAGAAGAAAAUUAAGACCAGUCCUAAUAGCCUCUUGCGUAUUUCAUUUCACCAAGGCUUUCUCCUAUUGUGCAUUUAACACCUUUGCUUUGUAACCUUGAGCAUUUAGAGGCCUAUUCUUAAAAAGCAGCCAUUGGCAACUCACAUAAGCCAGGUAAUUGAUGAUGAUGGUGAUGAACCUUUAUUGUUCUGCAACAAUUGAAGUACUGGUAGUUCUGUAUUUCAGCUGAGUGUGUAAAUAUCUGUUAUCGGCGUACCGUCAUGCUGUAUGUAUACCUCAUUAAUUUAUUUGUCAGUCAGUAUUAAUCUGUAUAUAUCUUUUUUUGUAUAUUAACACAUUUAAUUUAUUGUACAGAUCCACCUUUGUCAAAUCCACAAUGUAUUUUGCACAAAUGGCACACAAAAUGUUUAUAGUAUUCACUGAUUUAGACAGAAAAAGUUGUAUCAUACGUAUUGUUUGUUCAUAUUUAAAUAGGCUGUUAGAUUAACCUAAACACUACUCCAGUUUCAAGGCAUUUUGUAAAAUUCACAGACCAUAAAGACCCUUCUGUAAUCUUGCUGUAAUAUGUCCCGUUCCUGCUGAUCUGCUGUAAAUUAUAUUAUUCCAAACAGAUGGGAAUGUAAUGAAAAACUUAGAAUAUGCAAUUGGUAUUGCUUUGGAAAGUAUUGGCGGCGGAGGCAGGUAGAUAUACCUUCAUGUGCAAUAUAUAUACUAUUUAGAGUUGUUACAUUCCAAGCACAGCAGCAUCCCAUUGCAGAUCUGAGUGAUGGGUAGGGUGGUCACUGAAAGAUCUAAAACAGAGGAAAGCACACAUGUGGGGUUACAAGAAAAAGGUGAGUACGGUUAGAUAAUUAUGGAUGCAUUUAUCCCAAAGUAUACAUAUUAGGGCUCAUUUACCAAGGCAGGGAAAGGUGAAAAUGAAAACACAGCAGUGCAAAGCACCAUGUUCUUGAGCUCACUACUGGCAACAAUGCAUCUCUAUGGACUUCUACACUUCUUGCUAUCUGCAGCCUGCAGUAACUACUGUGUACAGAUUGUGUACUCACCCAGCCAGCUGGGUUUCAGUAAAAAAAGUGAUUUGUGUACAAAUAUUUGCUCUAAAUCAACCAAAAUACCUCAAAUCGGUGCAAAGUGAAGUGGCUACAGACUUUCAUGAGUUAAAAUAAUUAUCAGUUACACUGAAAGAACAUUUUAGCUUCACUUCUUGGUUUCUUUUUGUAUUUCCUGAAAUAAAUCAUACAGGAAACGCAGAGUAAAUGAUACCUUUAAUUGGUGAAUUUAUUAGAUUAUAAAAUGAAAGCUUAGAGGUUUGAGUUUAGGUUUCUAAACUUGCAUAUUAUAAUCUACUACAAUUCGCCAAUAAAAGGUAUUGUUUACCUACUAUUUUCCUGUUUUAAAGGAUGACUAAUACAAUAUAAGUCUAAGUUUAAAUGUUAAUUACUUUGCAGACUACGGAAAGUAAUAUAAUGUUAUUUGUUGCCAAGGUCUCUUGAAUGGGGCUGCACAUGAAUCUGUAGCCCUAUAUUUCUAAUGCAGAGAUCCUAAAAAUCCAUAGUUGUUAAUCUGUGCUGCUGACCCCCCACCCCCCACCAUGUGGACCCAAAGCAAUGUCUGGGGUGGCCCAGCCUGCAGGUUGGUUUGGGUGAGAUUUAGAAAAAUGCCUAUUUGUUCUCCUGGAAAAUUCUGAAAGCAAAUUUAGGCCAAUUGGAAGGAGAUUUUGGGCAGUAACCGAUAGCAACCAAUCAGCCACCUGCAGGUAAAACAAUGAUUGCAACAAUUUGAUUGGUUUCCAUGGGUUGAUGCAUACAUACAUAACUUUGCUGAUAAAUGACCCCCACUGAUUUUACUGUCUUACAUAUUCUAGAUCUCUGGCUAAAUGCAUACCUCCCAACAUUUGAAGAAUGGAAAGAGGGACAAAAAUAAUUUUUUUAACAACGCCCAUGUUUGCGACCACAUCCCCAAAUACCACUCCCAUUUUACUAAAUUUGGCAGGUUAUUUAAAGUUUGAACACAUUUCUGGGGGUUUGGGUCAUUUUAUGUGUUAUUAUAGUUCCGCAAAAAAAGUGAAAUUGCCCUUUAAGCUGCACGUCUCUGUUCCUCCAAGACACCUGUUUAGCUUAUUAGUUACAAUUAUAUCUAAGUGCAGGUAAAGCUUGAUAAGAUUUCUGGGCUCUCUGCCAAAAGCUACCUAUUUCAUUAAGUUUGAGAAACAUUGUAUCUAAGUACAGGUGUAGCUUGUUAAGAUUUCUGGGCUCUCGGCCAAAAGCUACUUUUUAAUUAAGUUGAGAAACAUUGUAUCUUUUUUAGCAUUCAGUGCAGGAGAUCAAAGGGAAAUGAGGGACUUUUUAGUAAGAAUCUGGGACUGCAAGCUGAGCUGUUAAAAGGGGGACUGUCACGCGAAAAUCAGGACAGUUGGGAGGUAUUUAAAUGGCUUAUACAGCUAUGAUUUCUGUAACCUUGUUAUUGGAUUAGAGAGGCUCUGGCCCUUAAUUGACACAAAUCUACGCCAUCAUAUGUAUUAAUCAGUACUAAGCACAAUUAGGCAGGAAAGUUUAGUUUAGGGUAAGGAACUCCUUUAAAGUAAAACAUGAGAAUCAUCUCUGGUAAUUCAAGCACUGAACUGAAGUAUUUAAUGAAGAAAAACAAAGCAAGGCAAUUAUUCAGGUUAUUAUCAGCUCUAACUGACCCUUAUUCCACAAACUUGGCUCAAUUUCUAAUGAAGUGGCAGCUUUAUAGAGGUGCACUGAUUUUCACUAUAAAUCCAUGUAUUCCUGAUCUAACAUAUGUUUACUUUGAACUGGAAAUACCCAGUAAAUCACAAUUUAAUUUUAUUGUUUAACAUUCUUGCUGGCGUUCCUUGCCCCGCUGUUGUGAUUGUUCCAGAAUGAUGUUAUUAAUCUUCAUGCCAAUACUAAAUCUAAAUGUGGUCUGAAUGCAGAUAUAUACAUGGGGAGGGGAAUAAGCUUUGAUCACCAUGUUUGUAAAACGACUUGAUAUAUAUUGUGUGUUACUUUUAUCACUGUAAUAUUUCAGCUCAGAGAAUGUGUUUGUUAUUGAUUAAGUGCUAUAAUUCUUAAUGACAAAGAAAAUAAAGACUAUAACGUAUAUGUACCGCGA